AGUGCAAACUCCAGUGAUAUCAACGAAACCCUUUAACUGGAAUUGGGCGCAAAGUGAAGCCACCAAACAAGUCUAGAAAACUACAAACAAAACUUCAAAAUAAACAUCAUGUGGAUUAGUUGCCAUGCCGUGUUGGUUUUGCUUCUUUUGCAUUCCGAUGCUCUGUUGGCGGAAGUCUACGAAACACAUUUACGCGGUCCGGGUUUUGUUAUGGAACCGCCAGGACGUGUUGAGUUCUCAAAUUCUUCAGGCGGUUGGCUGGAUUGUUCGGCCUCGGGCAGCCCUCAACCGUCCAUCGACUGGGUGCAUGCAGACGGCACUGCUGUAACGGAAAUUCAUGGUGUACGCCGGGUGCUGCGCAAUGGCACUCUCGUACUUUUGCCAUUUCCGGCUGCCGCCUAUCAUCAGGAUGUGCACAACACAAUAUAUCGUUGCGUUGCCAGCAACAGUGUUGGACGUGUAGUUUCCCGUGAUGUACAAGUCAGAGCUGUCGUUGCACAAGCUUACAAGGUUGAUGUUGAAGUUUUAUCUGCAUCUCGAGGUUGCACCGCCAUUUUGCGUUGUGUAGUGCCAACAUUUGUAAAGGAAUUGGUUCGAGUGGUCUCAUGGGUUCAUGAACCUGCUAUCUACAUAUAUCCAUCAUUGCAAGGCGAUGGAAAAUUUCAUCUCCUACCCACCGGUGAAUUACUUAUUCAUAAUCUACAGGAGAGUGAUGAAUCCCAAUCGUUUCGAUGUCGGAGCAUGCAUCGACUGACACGUCAAGUUGUUGUCAGUUCACCUACGAGACUGAGAAUAAAUUCUCAUCGCGGCAUCAUAUCACCAAGCGUUGUCGAGCAUACAGCACAUGUGCAGGUUUCCCAGGAUGAAGGUGCCGUUUUAUUGUGUGUGGCACAGGGCUGUCCAUCACCGGAAUAUAG